UCAAGCAAGCUCGCGGCUCGCCCACAUCGACGUCGGCCAUUUUGAAAUUUUCUGUCGCUUGACAGACCGGGUGGACGAAUAAUUUGUGUUUUAUUCUUCUACACGGCAAUAUUUAUUGCUAAAUUUGUGUUGAUGAAGUGAAUAAACAACUAAAACCAUGGCACGAUACGGUCAAAGACCGGAAAAUGCCCUCAAACGGGCCAGUGAAUUUAUGGACUUGGACAAGCCCGCACGGGCUUUGGACACCUUGCAAGAGGUGUUCCGUAACAAGAAAUGGGCCUACAACUGGUCAGAAUCGGUGUUGGAACCGAUCAUGUUCAAGUAUUUGGAGCUUUGCGUGGACCUUCGCAAGUCCCAUAUUGCGAAGGAAGGCUUGUUCCAGUAUCGAAACAUGUUCCAGUCCGUGAAUGUUGGGUCUUUAGAGCAAGUCAUAAGAGGUUAUUUACGAAUGGCUGAGGAGCGGACUGAAGCAGCCAGAGCACAGUCCACGCAGGCUGUCAUCGAAACCGAUGACUUGGAUAACCUAGCCACUCCGGAAAGUAUACUCCUCAGUGCUGUAUCUGGUGAAGACGCUCAAGAUCGAUCCGAUAGAACUAUUCUUACUCCAUGGGUGAAAUUCCUCUGGGAGUCCUAUUGUCAAUGCCUAGAGCUGCUCCGAACGAACGCUCAUGUGGAGACUUUGUACCAUGACAUCGCUCGCAUGGCCUUCCAGUUCUGUCUGAAGUAUUCCCGUAAGACGGAGUUCAGGAAGCUUUGUGAUAAGCUGCGUAAACAUCUGGAGGAUAUUUGCAAGCCAACCGUGCAAACUGGAAAUGUGAGCAUCUCCAAGCCUGAGACUCAGCAGCUCAAUCUGGAAACCAGACUUUUCCAGCUGGACAGCGCUAUCCAGAUGGAAUUGUGGCAGGAAGCCUACAAAGCCAUUGAGGACAUCCACAACCUCAUGAACAUGUCUAAAAAGACUCCGGUGGCAAAGACCAUGGCCAACUACUACGGCAAGCUGGCGCUGGUCUUCUGGAAGGCUGGCCACUGCUUGUUCCAUGCCGCUGCUCUCCUUAAGCUGUUCCAGCUGUCCAGGGAGAUGAAGAAGAACAUCACGCAAGAGGAGUUGCAGAAGAUGGCUUGCCGAGUGUUGGUAGCAGUGCUAUCAGUGCCGCUGCCGUCGCUGCAUCCUGAGUUUGACCGCUUCGUCGAAACCGACAAGAGUCCAGUCGAGAAAGCUCAACGACUGGCUGUAUUGUUGGGGCUGGCUCAACCACCGACUCGCACCAGCUUGCUGAAGGACGUGGUUCGCCUCAACGUGGUGGCGCUAGCGUCGCCGCAGCUUCAGCAGCUGUAUUCGUGGUUGGAAGUGGAGUUCGACCCGUUAGCCAUCUGCCACAACGUCAAGGGCGUCAUCAAGUCUCUGCAGGAGGAGCCCAACUCCCCGCUGGCCCAAUACACCUCGGCCCUCAACGACGUGGCCCUAGUGCGUCUCAUCCGGCAAGUGGCGCAGUGCUACGCCUGCGUGCAGUUCGCGCGGCUGCUGCAGCUGGCCGCCACCGACGACCUGUUCCACCUCGAGCGGCUGCUGGUGGACUGCGUGCGCCACAACGACAUGCAGAUCCGCGUCGACCACGCCAACAAAUGCGUGCACUUCGGCGUGGAGGCUGGCGGCGGCGAGUGGUGUUCUGCCGCCGACGAGGCCUGCGGCGGAGCCAUUCUCCAGGCAACUCCGGCUGAACAGGUCCGCGAGCAGCUAGUCCGCGCCGCCGAGGUCCUAUCCCGGGCGGUCACAACACUAUUCCCGGAGCGCCAACGCGCGGCCCGGGAGCGUGCUCGCGCGCACAUGGUGCAGCACUACCACGAGAACAAGCACGCUGAGCACGCGCGCGUGUUGCAACGCCACAAGAUCAUCGAGGAGCGCAAGGAGUAUAUUGAAAGGCUGAAUACUGUGCGCGAGGAGGAGGAGCUCAGACGCCAAGAGGAGCAGCUACGAGCGGCCGCCGCAGCCGAAGCGCGUCGCCUCGAGCAAGAAAGAGAAGAGAGGGAGAAGAGAAAGCAUGCUUCCGAGCUCGCCGCCAUGAAGGAACGCCACCGACGCGAGCGCAUGGCGCAUAUCUCGCAGACCGCGCACGGCAAGAAGAUGCUGCAGAAACUGGAUGAGGAGGAAAUCAAAAAGAUGGACGCCGAAGCUAUCGCCCAGAGGGAGGCUGAGGAGUUGAUGAAGGAGCGCCGCGAGCUGCAGGCCAGGCUCAAGUCGCAGGAGAAAAAGGUGGACUACUUCGAGAGAGCCAAACGCCUGGAAGAGAUCCCACUACUGCAGAAGAGUUUGGAAGAAAAACAGGUGCAGGACAAGGCCUUCUGGGAGCAACAGGAGAAGGAGCGCAUUCAGCAGCUCAUCGAGGCGCGCUCCCGCGACGUAGCUACUGCCACGCGCCUCGCCCGAAUGCACGAGCACCGAGACGAGUUCAUCGCUCGACUUCAAGCCGAGCGCGGCGCGGCCCACCACCAGCGCCUGGCCGCCUUCCGCGACAAGCUCGCCGCCGAGCGCGACAAGCGGCUCGCCGAGCGCCGCCGAGCGCGCCGCGAGCAACGCCGCCAGGAGUGGCUGGCGGAGAAGCAACGCGAAGAAGAAAGGAUCGCAGAAGAAGCUCGACGCGCGAAGGAAGAAGAGGAACGCCGCGAGAGAGAGGAGCGCGAACGUCGUCAAGCCGAGGAACUGGCCGCUCAGAGGGAGCGAGAAAGGGAGAAAGAGAAGGAACACUUGGAGAUGCUCUCCCGCCAGGAAGCCAAGGCCCGCGCGAAGGAAGCCGACGUACAGCGCAAGCUUGAAGAGCAGAAAGCCGCCACUAUGUCCAGCUGGCGCCGUGGUGGCGCCCCCGAAAGCAAGGAGGACGCCGGCGGCGGCUGGCGCUCUAAGACCGACUCCAAGGCGCCCGAGAAGAAGCCCGAGCCCUGGCGCCCCAGCCGCUUGCGCGAGGGCCCGCGUGAGGACCGCGUGCGCUCUCCGGAGCGAGGCCGCGUGGACAGACCGCGUGACGAUCGCUCGCGGGAAGACCGCCCGCCGCCGCCUAGGGAGGACAGGCGCGAGGAUCGUCCCAGGGACGACAGAUCGCGGGAAGACCGCCCGCUGCGGGACGACAGGCCUCGCGACGACCGGCCCAGGGACGACCGGCCUCGGGACGAAGGCGGCUGGCGCUCGGCCAACCGCGAGCCAGAGAGAGAGAGGCCCCGCUACGGUGGACGGUCCAGCGGCCCUGACGCUGGCACCUGGCGCCGCGGCCCUGCGGAGCCCCCGCCGUCGGCUGAGCGCCCUUCAGCCUGGCGCUCCAAGGACGGUCCGCCGCGCGACGACCGUUUCCGCGACGGUCCACGACGCGACGAUCGUGACGGGCCGCGACGCGACGAUCGCGAUGGGCCACGACGCGACGAUCGUGAUGGGCCAAGGCGUGACGAUCGCGAUGGGCCACGACGCGAUGAUCGUGACUUCCGUGACCGCGAUCGUUACCCGCCAAGGGACGGGCCGAGGAGGGAUGACCGUGACGGACCACGGCGCGAUGACCGCGACGGACCCCGCCGCGACGAUCGCGACCGCAGACCGCCGCCGCCGCGCCGCGACGAGAAACCCCGCGACCCAGACGGUGACGACUGGCAGCCCGUCACCCGCCGCUAAAGGAGCCCAAUGUGUCGAUAUUACAUUAUCUGUGAAGGGUUCAGUAGCAUUCACUAACAAAACCUCUUUAUUUUUAGACUUGAGCCAGUUCUAUCGAGUGUUUGAUACCUUUCAGUUAACCCUGUCGUAAUACACUAAUAUUGAUGUCAAAAGUGUCAACAUAAACGAUUUAUGUCGAUAAUAGUUUCUCUUUUAAAACCACCUCAAACGAGAAACUUGAGUCGAAAAAGCCGCUGGCGGCUAAAUUAGGAACUAUUUUAUUUCCAUUGUGUGUGCUUUAAUACAUUUGGAUUUGGAAUUUAUUCUUUCGCUUUUGACUUCCAUUCGUGAUUUGGCAUUGGCAUCACUGGUUUGACCAACCCAAGGGCAUUAACGUGUGAUUUCUAUGAUAGAUAUUACGCCAAGUACAGAUACGUCAUAAAAACAACUGAGUAAUGCACUGAUUUUGACAGCUGUCAGUGCGAAAAUAUGGUCAAAAUAUUAGGUAAAGUUGCUAAAAAGCAUUUAAAAUUAUUUUUUCUUGCUUAUUCACUUUGCGUUUCCUUUCUACUGAACCCUAUUUUGUUUAUCGUGUUAUAUUCAAGUUUGUAAGCCGCCAUUCUUGUAUGGAAUAUUACUUUGUAAUCCAUGCGCGGUUGUAUUUCGCGCCAAUAUAUUAUUUUACUGUAUGGGUGAGGGAUAUUUUUAUUUCAUUUCUAUUAUAUUUUGUGUAACCUCCUAAGCUUCUUGUAUUUUUAUUUUAAAGUCAUUUGCUUUGCUGGUACAGUCAUUUUUAGAUAGCGUCUUAAACAGGGUUUGAGAUUUAGGUUGGCAAAUUGUUUUGAUCUCUGUCUUAAACUUUUUGACACUUCAACAUGAGCUGACUAUACCAUUUUAUAGCGAAAAUGCACCUUAACUACAUGAAAUGCCCCAUCACAAAAUCAAGUAUUGAUUUAAAUUAAUUCAACUUGGUAUUUAUUAAAAUCAUGUUAUUUUAUAUACUGAAUCAUGGCACAAUUUAUUUCGACCUGUCUCUUCAUCCUGUUUGAGAUAGUCAAUUUCUUCUGGCAUGAUUGUGUGCAUACUAAUAUUGUUUUGGAAGCACCUUAGGCUUGAAUGUAGGUAGAUCACAAAUAAAUAUUAGAAAUAAGAUUUGCCAAAUAUACGUUAAAACAAUACCUACAUAUAAAAUAGGACACUCAAGUUGCGUUACCUGUUUUGUGCCCAUAGCAAGAAUAUAAAGUUCCAUUCAUAAUAGAAUCGCGACCGCGGGUGCAACUUUCUCAGUUUAAGGGUGCAUUUACAACUGUUCUGUCUAAUAGAAAUAAUAAUAUUAAAAAUAUUAGCAAACAACCGUUACGCAUGAGAUAUCGAUAUUAUCAUCUGUACAAUCGAUUAAUAAACGAUUAUAUUCUGUCAAAACAUUCGGUGUUUUUGGAUUGUUUGAUUUUGUGGCUCCGUGCUAGCUCUAUUGUGAAUAAUUAAGAUUUAUUCAAUUUUGUUUUGACAUGAUUAUUAAUUAUGUAAUUUAUUUUGUUACAGUUGACUUCUUUAUUAUCUGUUAGACUUUCUAGUGUCAUGGUCUUCAUCAUUAUUUCACUCAAAAUCUAUAUUCUUGCUGCGGGCACUCAUACGCGUUUCAAUUCACUUGAUAUCAUGUAUCAUUUGCAUACUCCGUGAUCGAAUAGUCGAUCCCGUUACUGAGAACAGUGAUUACAAACACUACAGUUUGAGCGAACAAUGGCUUGUCGGUGCGAA